GCACCCAAGGACACCUUUGGCUUCAUUUCCUGAUCUCACUGCCUCACCUGCGGUGCUGUCCCAGCUGGUGGAGCAGGCGGGCAUGCAGCAGACAGGACUCGCUCUCGCCCUCGCGGCUUUGGCUGCCUGUGUGGCUCUUCGCACCUCCGAAGCCAUACUUCCCAUUGCUUCCAGCUGCUGCACCGAGGUUUCCCAUCAUAUUUCCAGAAGGCUUUUGGAAAAAGUGAAUUCAUGUCGCAUUCAGAGAGCUGAUGGGGAUUGUGACUUGGCUGCUGUCAUCCUUCAUGUCAAGCGCAGAAGAAUCUGUGUCAGCCCGCACAGUCAUAAUAUUAAGAAGUGGAUGAAAGAACAAGCAGCCAAGAAAAAUGCUAAAGGCACCAUUUGCCAUAAGAAGAAACACCCCAGCAAGAGGAACAGUAAAGGGGCACAUCAUAGGAAACAUGAAACACACGACCAUGAAACGCCUUAUUAGAGAGUUGACGAGUGAAUCUACGCAGAUGAUUCCUGAAGUGAACUUGGCCACGUGAAAAAAAAAUCACAAUGUUUGUUGGAAAAUGAAGUCUGUAAAUAAGAAUUCUCCGGAGUCAAGCAGAUACAGUCUCAUCCUUCUCUCUCCCCAAAGAUGAAGACAGAUGACAUGAGUAGAGCCAUAUUAAAAUAGAGCCAGAGCAGCCGUUUCAGAGGAACUGCCUUGCACGUCUUGUUUUCUUUAUCUUCCAAACUGGACAAAACCACCAACAUUCCAAGAAGUCAGUGAGAAAGAAUAUCCUGUCUGUCAGGACUGAUGAAAUCGGACUUUGCUGAUGAUGGAAUCGCUAACCAGUCAAUGAAGUACAAACCUAGCCUUCCCUUAUCUAGCACCAAUGAACUCUUCUUUAAUACAACUCAGCUCAUCUCCUUUUUUCCCAUAAAACCUCCAAGUUUUUCUCCUAUAAUUGGGACACUAUUUUAGGUUUAUACCUAAAUCCGUGCUCCCUGAAUUGCAAUUCUUUGAUCCCAAAUAAACGCUUUGCCUCUUAAAACCAA